GGCAGGGCGCGGGGCGCGGGGCGCGGGCUGGAGUCGGCCUCGUCCUGGAUUGCAGCCUGGGAAAGCGGGACUCGGAUUUCGUGCUGGCAAGACGGCUCUCCGUGGAAGGGCCACGGGCCGCGGGGCACCACAGGGAGCCGGUGGGCACGGAUGAGCCCUGGCCCCAGAGCGGGCAGGCAGGGCGAGGGGCUUGAGGCCCUGCUCUCCGGCCACAGCCUGUCCGCAGCGGUCCGUCCCCAUGCCGGGGGGCUGGAGGGCGGGAGGCCAAUGGCGGGCGUGGUGGGGCCCCUCAGGCAGCCAUUUUGUGUCCUGUCCCCUGGAGACCACCACAAAAUGGCUGAUGGUGCCAGAGCAGGACCAUGGACAAGAUGGAGCAGGGGCUGUGGCCUGGUCUCCAGAGCCAGGGAGGGCCAGGCCGUCACCAUGGGCUAUAUGCUAGAUGGCCCCCUCCACCCUGUCACCCGCCUUCUGCAGGGGGUGGGAGAAAGCUGUCUGUGACGUGCGGCUCGGGGGCACCGAGCUGGUCAUUCCUCCCGCCAAUGCCACCUUGGUCGGGGCCGAUCCCGCCGGCUGCUGUGCUCGCCCGCCUCCUCCCAGGGGCGGAAUAGCCCCAGCACUGCUCUGCUCCUCCCCCGGUCCCACCCACGGGGUGCAAGAACGGCAGUUUCUCAAGUUUUGUGGGGGGGGUGUCCUGCUUCCAGGUGUCAUUCAGGGGAGAGCAAGGACCAGGUCUUUAAGUCCUGGGAGCAGGGAGGCCGUGGUGAACCGGGUCUUUGACAAGCUGGCUCCACUACACAAGCGCAUCUACUGUGCCCUCUCCGGCUCCGCGGCCGACGCUCAGGCCAUCGCUGACAUGGUGCAUUACCACCUGGAGCUGCACAGCAUGGACAUGGAUGAUCCACCUCUGGUCCUGGCAGCUGCCACCCUGGUGAGGGGCAUCAGCUACAAGUACAAAGAAGAGCUCUCAGCCCAUCUCAUGGUAGCCGGUUGGGACCACAGGAAGGGAGGGCAGGUGUACGGCACACUGGGGGGCAUGCUGACCCGCCAGCCCUUCGCCAUCGGGGGCUCUGGCAGCACCUACAUCUACGGCUACGUGGAUGCUGCCUACAAGCCAGGGAUGAAGCUUGAGGAGUGUCAGCAGUUCACCAAGAACUCCAUAGCCCUGGCCAUGAGCAGGGACGGCUCCAGUGGGGGGGUCAUCUAUCUCGUGACAAUCACCAAGGCAGGCGCGGAGGAGCAGGUGUUCCUGGGCGACGACAUCCCCAAGUUCUACGACGAGUGACCUCUGUCCCGCGCCGCCCGGCACUCCCAGCAAUAAAACUUGGAAAGAGGA